AUGUAUUUAAUAUUCUUUUCGCUACUAUUUUUAUCAUAUUGUCAAGAUCCUACAGUUUUUAAGGCAUCUGACAAGGUCUCUUAUAUAAUCAAAGAUAGAUUAAAGCGACCAGCCGACUUGCUUUUCUUUACAGAAGGUCUAGCAUUUAUUGCAGAUGAUAUGUUAUUGGAGAGCACAGGUUUAUAUGGAGAUUCUGAGAUACAUUAUAUUGAUAAUGUUUUUGAUAAAUAGAACAUUGAACUAAAAUCACGAUAGCCUAUCGGAAAAUAAUAUUUUGGUGAAGGAUGUUCAAAAAUAUAAAACAAAAACGGAAAAGAUGAAAUCUAUAUGUUGACUUGGAAAGAGAGAAAAGCAUUUCUAUUGAAUAGCAAUUUGUAGUUAGUUUAAGAAUUAGAAAUACCAGGAGAAAUCUAAGAAGGAUGGGGAAUGACUACUUAUAAGAACAAUGAAGGUGAAGAGAUGUUGUUAAUUUCUGAUGGAACUAACAGAUUGUACCAUGUAGACCCAAGCGACUUUAAAGUGAAGAAAACUGUAAGUGUUCGUUUGGAGAAUGGAAAUGAUCUUAAUAAAUUAAAUGAGUUAGAAAUUAUAGGAGAUGGAACAGUUUUAGCAAACAUUUAUGAAACUCCUUUAAUUGCUUAAAUAGAUCCACAUGAUGGAAGGUUAAUUGACAUUCUUGACUUUACUGCAUUGAUCUAAGAUGUAGAAAGUGUGAAGGGAAAAGGAUAUGCUGACCCUAUGUUUAACAAGGUUCUAAAUGGGAUAGCCUAUAGAAGUGGCAAUUUAAUAUUAAGUGGUAAACAAUGGCCGUAUUUUUAUUAAAUUGAAUUAUAAUCAUAAUAAUAAUCAUGAAUUCUUAAAAUCCUUAAUAAUAUCUUUAUACAAUCCCAUUAUUCCAAUUCCAACUAAUCAUCAAAUCUAAUAAUUCAAUUCCAAAUUAAGAACCAUUAACAACUUCAAGAAAACUCCAAUAUGUUUAAAACAAAUAAAUUUAUAGUAAUCUCUAAUAACCAAAAAGCUAGUAAGAUUAAUGAGUAUAAACAAAAUAAAGUUAAAAAUAAAUAAGAUGUAAUAUAAAUCUGAAACGAUCAACAGAUGACAAAUAGUAUUUUAAGCUUUAAUGGAUUUUACAAAGAGUAAAUGGAAGGAUAUAAUUUUUAUUAUACUAACUCUGAUCAUCUAACUGUGGCAUUAUUUCAUUUUAAAAUUAAAGGGAUAGCUUUUCCAGUCUAUUUAUUUUGAGGACUAUUCAUAAGAGAAGCCUAAUUACAAUAUAUAUAAUUAGAUGGACUUUGUCUGAAAUAAUAAUUGUAAUUGGAGUAUUAGAUUUUUUGGUGACAAAGAACAUC